CCAUCAUGAACAUCCGCAAUGCUGUGCCGCAGGACCUGAUGAACAUGCAGCACUGCAACCUCCUCUGCCUGCCCGAGAACUACCAGAUGAAAUACUACUUCUACCAUGGGCUGUCCUGGCCGCAGCUCUCGUACAUUGCUGAGGACGAGGAUGGGAAGAUAGUGGGCUACAUCCUGGCCAAGAUGGAGGAGGACUCCGAGGAUCCCCCGCAUGGCCACAUCACCUCCCUGGCGGUGAAGCGCUCGCACCGGCGCCUCGGCCUGGCCCAGAAGCUGAUGGACCAGGCCUCCCGGGCCAUGAUCGAGAACUUCGGCGCCAAGUACGUCUCCCUGCACGUCCGGAAGAGUAACCGGGCCGCCCUGCACCUGUACUCGGACACCCUCAACUUCCAGGUGAGUGAGGUGGAACCCAAAUACUACGCGGACGGGGAAGACGCUUAUGCCAUGAAGCGGGACCUCUCGCAGAUGGCGGAGGAGCUGAGGCGGCCGCUGGAGCUGAAGAAGGGCCGUUCUGCGGAGCUGGGCCCCAGGGAGAUCCAGGCGACCCCGGAGAGCACGCUCCCGGGAUCGGAGCUGCCGCGUCUGCAGAGGAAGAAGCCGGCCACGGGCAGCUGUGGCAGUGACAGCAGGGAGUCCAGCGAGUCCACGGACAGCCCCGGAGCCCAGGACAGCCCCGAAGACUCGGACUCCACCUCCUAG